AUGACUGCGCCGACAAACAAUGGCGACGUGCCUGUGCCCGAUGCAGCCGCCGCCGUCGUGUCCAAACCAAAGCGCUCGAAUCGCCAAUGCAAACGCGGCCUGCGGCUCAACUUCAUCGACACAAACUGCCAAGGCCCGCCGCAGAAGGCUCCCACGCUUGAAUGGAAGGUAGACUUCAUGGACGAGUCCCGCGACAUUGCGUCCGAGUAUGUAGGAGGCUUAGAGAAGUACGGCGCGAAAGAUGCGCGCCCUUCGCGGCCCUCGAUUGUACAGCCGCAGCUACAAGCUACCGAUAUGACGGGCAUGCCCAUGUUCGAAUAUAACCCAGCUGCCGUGGCCCACGCACACGCUCAGGCUCAAGCCCAGGCACAUGCUCAAGCACAGCACGCUCAUGCCCAGGCUCAAGCUCAGGCGCAGGCACAAGCUCACGCUCAUGCUCAGGCUCAAGCCCAUGCCCAAGCUCAAGCGCAAGCGCAAGCCCAUGCUCAGGCACAGGCACAGGCUCAGGCUCAGGCACAGGCUCAAGGCAAUCCUCCGUCUGCUCCAAACAUGUCAUACCAACCGCUACCGCCAAUUCAAGGCAUGCUUCCUGAAUCAUACCCCUCAACUGAGGACCACAAGUACGAUGCCUAUAACACAUCCAACCAUGCCACUCAAGAUUCUCCUUUCUCAAACCAACAAAGGAAUUCCAUAUCAGCUUACAGCCAACAACAAGAUCAAGACGAUGCUGCUGAGGGCAGACGCGAAUUUCUCACCACACAAGAGGAGACUCUGUUCAUGCAAGUCUUCGUCGAAGAAGUUGGUCUAUGGAUGGACAGCAUGGAUCCUAUGAAACACUUCUCACGUUUGUUGCCCUUUCAUUCUUUAGGCGAGCCUAUGCUCUUAAACGCCUUCCUAGCCUGCGGUGCCCGCCAUCUAGUGCUCGUCAAUUCUGCUUACAGUGAAGAAAAGGCUCUGCACUAUUACGAUACUGCAACGAGGUAUCUGCUCAAAAACCUCCAGAAUCCUAAUCGCGACACCAUCGUGUGUGCCACUACUGCCGUCAUCUUGAACGUAUACGAGAUCAUGAGCGAGCGCGCAUUACAGAGAAUGAACCAUAUCGCUGGCGCCCGCGCUCUGAUUAAAGAAUGCGGGUGGAAUGCCCGUUCUCAAGGCAUCGGCGCCGCUUGUUUCUGGCUCAAUGUCGGACUGGAAGUCUUGAGUUGCCUCCACUUCAACUGGCAGGUCGCCUGGGAUCCCGACGACUGGGGUAUUGACAUGGACUUCAAUCGCGAGAUUCACAAUGGCCGAGAGGAAAUCUGGACUCACCGUAUGUUAUACAUCGUCGCGAAGGUCGCAAACUUCAGAGCCACCAUACCUCGGCACCAGGAGCAAGAUCAGCGCGAAGAAGAACUUCGUCGUCAGAAUAGGUAUGGUGAAUGGCAGAAACUGAAGUCAUGGACCGAUGCUUGGAACGACAACAUUCCUCGUACCAUGCAUCCUAUGGCCUAUCUCUACCCUCAGCAUACUUCGUCCAAGUCGUGUUUCCCGGAGGUAUGGUUGAUCAAGCGUACAACCAUUGUCGCUCGUCUAUUCUACCACACUGUCAUGGUCCUUCUUUCACAAAUACACCCUUACUUUGGCCUCGAUAACCCCGAGAUGCACGAUAUGCAGCACCGCCAUUCGCAGAUGAUUUGUGGCAUUACUGCUCAUGUCAAGGACAGUGUAGCUAUCCGUUCCUUGGCCCAUGCUGCCGAGUGCUUGACCGACCGACGUGAGCAAGAAGAGGUGCUUCAGAUCUUCCAGAAAAUCAACAAGGAGACAGGAUGGCGUAUCGCAUUCGUGUUCAAAGAACUCAAGGAGAAAUGGGGCUGGCAAGACGAACCACAGCCGCCACCCCAGCCCAUCGCUCCGGUUCAUUCCACGUCUUUGCUCACGAGUCCUGUGCCAAUGCAACAACCGUACGGGCAGUAUUCGACCACCAUCACGCCCGUUGCUGCACCUGCGCCCACACAAACUUCAGCAGCAUCUCGCCGCCCGCCAGCUGGCAUGGUGAAUCCCAUGUUUGCCAAUGCUGAUUUCACCAUGCCAUCACAUCCUUACCAGAAUGUAUAUGUGGCGCCAAAUCCCGUUACUAAUCAAUCUGCACUGUAUUAUCAGGCCUAG